AUGGCUUUACAGGAGGUCUGUGGCUUCAAUGACACUUCUCAUCUACAUUGGAAUAUUCCAUCCUCAGCCUCUGCGUGCUUGCAAGACGAUGCUUUCUUAUUCAACAGAGGAAAGAACACAGGAUUUGGAGGGCUCUUUAAACAGAGCAGUGUGAGUCCUCUGGAGCUUUAUGUUCCAAUUGCUGAAUACCUCCAGGAGAGCCCACUGCAGUUUGGCCAAGCAAGCCCGAUCGUUACACCUCAGCCUUCCGUGACACCACAGAACUGUCUGGCCUCUUUGCCUCCUUUGUCUGAGGUCAUCCCCUCCUUAUCCUCCACCUGUUCCUCUGUUCCUCUCCCCUUCCAACUGUCUCAUGGCACCACUACCCUGGCCUUUCAGUUCCAGGGAGGUGCCAUCGCUGCAGCAGACACACGCUCCAGUUGCGCUGGCCUUGUGGCAUGCCCGGCCUCUCGAAAGGUCCUGCCCAUCCACUCCCACCUGGUGGGCACCACCUCGGGCACCUCGGCCGACUGUGCCCUGUGGAAGCGCAUCCUUGCCCGGGAGCUAAGGCUCUACCAGCUGCGCUACGGCCGGAGGCUGUCCAUCGUGGGCGCAGCCAAACUGCUGUCUCACAUGCUGCACCCGUUCAAAGGCACAGAGCUGUGUGUGGCAGCCACUCUUUGUGGCUGGGACGGUGCCGUUAACACUGAGGCAGAGACAGCGGGAGAGAGUCUAGCUUGUAGAAGCCAGCCAGCUGAGGAACAGACUGAACAGGUAACAAUAAGAGGAGACAAUGAAUGCAUGGCAGUUCCAGAGAAUAGUUCCAGAGUUGUACCCUCUACAAACCAGCAGCAGCACUGCAGGCUGUCUGGUGGGCCCAAGUUGGUUUACGUGAGUAGUGAUGGUGCUCGGCUGGAGGGAGAGCUGUUUUCGGUGGGCUCUGGCUCACCAUACGCCUACUCCAUCCUGGACAGGGAUGUUUGCUGGGAGAUGAGCGUGGACGAGGCAGUGGCAGUGGCUAGAGAGGCUGUGUAUAGGGCCACACACAGAGACGCAUACUCGGGUAACAACGUGGACCUCUACCAUGUCACUGCCAGUGGCUGGAAGCGCAGAGACAGGGAGGACUUAAAACCGGAAUAUUACAGGGAAAAGGAGCGUGAGAGAGAGGAAGUGGCUGAGAGAAGACGACAGAGAGAGCAGAUGAAGACACUGACAGAGAAGGCACAGCUGAAAUAG